AAAGGUAGGUGGAAACUGGAAAUUAGCUACCUUGAUAUCUUUUCCAAAUAAAUUGAAUUAUUUUUAGCACGAAACUACUUCAAUUCUACAUUUUAUUUAAAGGUUGUGCUUGAAAUACUGUUUUUUGAAGUUGCAGGUGACAGCUACCUAGCUCUAACGUCAACAUGAUGUUCUACACUCAACUCUUCACGUCCAAGAGGGGGCCUCUAGCCAAGAUCUGGUUGGCAGCUCACUGGGAUAGGAAACUCACAAAGGCCCAUGUAUUUGAAUGCAACUUGGAGACGAGCAUUAGAGACAUCAUUUCCCCAAAGAUGAAAAUUGGUUUGAGGACAUCUGGUCAUCUGCUCAUUGGUGUGGUCAGGAUCUACUCCAGGAAAGCAAAGUAUCUCCUUGCAGACUGCAAUGAAGCCCUGGUUAAAAUCAAAAUAGCCUUCAGGCCAGGUCAAACAGAUAUGCCUGUUGAGGGGCUCGAGGCAACAGAGAAAGCCAUCACCUUGACUGAAGAUUUCACAGCCUUUGAGUCCCAGCUGCCAGCCCCGAGCAUGGAUGUCGAGGACCACUUUUCACUGAACCAGAGCCGAACAGAGGAGAUCACUAUGAAAGAGGAUUUUGGAAAUGGCUUCCUGACCUUGAUAGAUUUUGGAGACGAGUCCCAGAGCAACAAGAUUGGGCUGCUGGAUAUUAGCUUUCAGAGUCUGGCUCAGCAGGAGGACGCUUUCGGGGAUGAGGACAGAGGGUUCGACCUUCUUGACUUCCUGACAAACCCCGGUGAUCCCUCUGAAUCCCUCAGCUUCGUGCCUGAAGAGCCUCAAAAUGAAAAUCCUGACAUCUCUACCAUAAAUACUCAACAAGAUGACCACAGAAUGGAGAUGGAGACCCCAACACUCAAUGAGACCACCUUGCUUGCUAAUGAGGAGACAGCCUUUGCCCUUGAACCUGUGGCCAUCACUCCCAACUCAGAGAGGAAAAAGGGGAAAAGGAAGCGCAAGUUGAUUGUGGACCAGGAGAAAGAGCUGUCGAGUGAAUUCAUGAAAGAGCAGCUCUCUGAUUAUUCAGAUAUGAUCUGCCAUUUGGACAUAGCCCCCCCAACACUGCAGCUCAUGCAGUGGAAGGAGAGAGGGGGAGCAGAUAAACUCUUCUCACUGCCAUGCUCCAGCAUAGUGUCUCCACUGAUACAGGAGCUCUUUGCAAAGAGUGUUUUCCAGGUGAAAAUUACCAGUGUGUGUGAGGAGGCUGAGGUGAUGCGCCAGGAUGGACAAGAAGCUCAGAGGGGCAUCAGUGCCCUCACCACAGAAAGCUUCAGUGUUGUAGAUUCAUCAAUGGGUCCUGAGCAACCACACAACACUGAGCUGACUGUCCUCGCUCACAUGAGUGACAGCCACCAGGAGGAACACCCAGAGCAUGCACAAGAUAAAAACAGGUCUGAGUUCACUCAGCCAGAACUUCCAUCAGAGGACUCCAUGUUUGUCCAUCCAUCUUUCAUGGAGCAGACGACUCAGUCAACUUCCCUCCACACUCAGUCUAUGCUGGACAGCCAGGACUUUGCGGAGAGGAAGAUAACCGGGCGUGCUCAAAAGCUUCUCAACACACUCAAAGACCAAAGCAACAGCAAUACCAGCUUCAGUCUGGAGGCACUGUGUGAAGGUGGAACUCGCUGGAGCGCUGCGACCACUUUCUUCUGUUUUCUUGUCCUGAAGAAACAAAGAGCCCUUGACCUUUGCCAGAGGGCACCUUAUGAGGACAUCUUCGCCACACCUGGACCCCAAUUCUACGAUUAGUAGAAGAAAAAAAGAACAGUUUGUAUGCAAUGUGUAAAGCUUUAAGCAACUUCAAAAGAAUAAUCUCACUUAUAUACAUGCCACACAAGUUUGUGUGUCUCAAAACUUGUACAUACUCUUGUGUUUGUUCUUCAGUUUCAUUUUUGAAAUAUUUGGGGAAGUAACAAUGAAGGAUUAUUUUGUCCAAAGCUCUUCAUCAGACUAUUUUAUUCGACCUCUGACAUCAAACUAUCAGAUACAAGAUUUGGGUUUGACAACCUAUUUUAAGAGAUCUGCAAGAUCGUCUACGGUUAUUUAUUUUUUUACUGCUGUUUCAUAACGUUGUUCUUGUGUUAUUUCAGGAGUUACAUCUCCUGUAUGUUCAGUUCCUCUUUUAUUAACCACUCACUGUAUUUAAGACCUGAUGUCCACCAUGUAUCAGUUAAAAAUGUGUUUUCUCUAAGAGAGGAAUACAUGAUCGUUUAAGUGUUCAGUUCCAUUUUAAAGUACAGGCAUACAUGACUUCUGUGUAACAUAGUCUUCUAGCAUCUAUUUGAAUAAAUAAACAGCUUAAUAUUACUAGAUUUGUAAAAUGAUUAUAGAACAGCUGAGGUUAAGGAUAUGAAAAUCACUUCAAGUGUUCCCCUGUCAUUCUUUAUUUUGAAUAUUGUAAAAAGCUUUACAAGUAUUUUGUUUAUGCACGUUCUGUACAGCACUAAGCUAUUCCCUCAGCUACACCAUAACUGGUGUAUUAUUAUAAUUAUUUGCAUAAAGUUAUAUUUAUUUGUUCGACUAAACUUUUAACAUGUGUGUCCUCUUUUAGAUUCUGUGCUCAGGCUUUCUUAUAUAAUAUAUAAGUGGUUCUUUCAUGAUGGUAGGUAAUGAGCACUUAUGUAACUCAGAAGCUCAAAGGGUUUGGGACUGACCUGAUAAAACUGGAAUUCUGUUGCAUUCAUAUUUUGCACUUAUUCUUGGAGUUCAUUAUGUAAAAAGUAUGGCACAUUUAAGAGUUUGUGCCAAUUUAAGUGUUGUUUUUCUUCCAGGAGAAUGUAAUUAUUGUUCAUUACCUAAGUCAUUGUGGAUUUUAUUAAAAGAUGUAAAUGAU